AUGGAUCCCGUCUUCAUGGAACUCCUUCCACAAUCAGAUGAUGAUAAAUUCCUUUCCCUCCCUUACGAAGAACGAUGGAGCAAUCUAAAGCGAGUAAUCGUCCACCUUUACACCCGCAAACGUGCAAGCGAUGGGCGCACAGCAACUCUGGACCAGGUGGUCGAAUUCAUGAGGACCUAUUACUCCUUCCAUGCGGCGUACGUAACCCUUCAUACUUCCCAGUCUAUCCAUCUACCUCUAUUGCGCCCUGUCGAGGUGCCACCAGUAUUCCAACUAACGGCCUUUGAUGGUAGCCACACUGAGUAUCGGCGACGUUUCAAAGACUGGGGCGUUACCAAGCGCAUGACAACAAAGGCCAAGGACGCCACCACCAGUGCUCUUGUGAAGAGGAAACAACCUGGAGCGAGUGUGUCUGAUGUCGUAACCCAACACGAUGGCAAAAAUACUCCUUUUGAGUAUAAGAAGCUGAAAAGAUAUCUGAUCAGCAGAAAGGCCUGCCUUGAUAUCGCACCUGGCUUACUUUCCUCAUGGAACCUCCCCUACGCUGCUUUGAUUUCCUCCUUCCCCCAGGAUCCCGAAGCUCGCUCACCUUUCGGACCUAUUGGGCCAACACCAGAUACCCUGCAAAUCCAAAGCCCUGGACCUCUCACGCCUGGUCGCGCGGCAUCUGGCCCAUCACCAAGGAUGCAACUUAUAUAUGAGAAGCAUAAGGAGCAUUGCACGAGCCUUUUUCUGCAGGGGCGCCUUGAGCAACUUUUGGUUAGCCUUCCCAGAGAAGACCGCAGCACAAUGAUCAAUUACUUCCAUGACUACUAUAUACACAGUUUCGUACUAGCAAAGAACUGGAGCCAGGAAAUACCAUACCCAAAUUCAACACAGACGGUUGGCCUUACAUCCCAAACACGGAAUGCAAACAGUCCUUGGACGCCCUCAGCAUUUCUCAACCUUUCUUCUGGGCCCUCUUCGCCCGAAGUCUCGAACACGACGAGUAUAACUUGCCCACCAACACAGCUUUGUAAAUGGUCCAUUCAUAUAUCAUUCGAGUCUUAUUACGGAGCCGUCGAUCGCGUGGAGGCCACGGCUUUGGAGGAUUCACAACCGCCAGCUGAUCAUGAUGCACGCUCAUUUGUGGACUCACUGCACCAGUCCAUGGUUUCGAAUGAUUUCACCACCACGACCAAAGCAGACCUUCCUUUGGCCCAGGAUAUGAUCACGAGGUCCUUAGAGGAGGAUCCAGCUGCUCUCCAGUUAGAUGCCUGGAAGCUAGCCAUAAUGGCGGGAAACACGGAGCUUUUAUCGCAGCUAAGUGAAGACAAUGGAAAGAUACCGGAAGGAAUCGAGGCCAUAUAUCCCUUCCACCUUGCGGCUGCAUUCCUGAAUGGCGGCAACCAGUGCUGUAGAGUACUGACUGAGCUUCAAGAGCUUCUUCCAUCAGCCUUCACCUUUUAUCACAACAUCGAUGACCAUGGACACACAAUCCUUGAUGCUCUAGUAGUGGAUGUACUUCGCUCUCAUACCAAUAUUCAACCUAGUGACGUAAGCCACGAGUUCAAUUCGCCAAAUCGGUUUCCUGGAGAAGAAAAUGAUAUCUGUGGCAGAUGGGAUGCUGAAACCCCGACCGUCCGCGAGCUCUUCAAACAAGGAUAUGCACGGAUCCCUACGAGAUGGAAGCACCCCUUUUGUCACACAGCCGUACAAGCAAUUUGUCACAGCAUUAUUGCUAUUUUUGCCUCCCCCGCUUCCCCAAACAUAAAUAGUCAGAGCGGAUUAUUCGUGAGACGAUGCACAGCUUGCGGCCUAGAGCUCAGGCUCAGGCCUCUGCACACGCUUGUUGUCACGUCCUUUCACCUGGCCCAGCAAGGAAUGCCCGGGGAAACUCUAUUUGGAGCACUUGCGAUGAUGUUAUGUCUAAUUAGUCUUGGAGCAGACGUUUCAAUGACAGCAAAUAUUUCCGUCGAGGAAAUAUUGGGGUCUUCAGAUGCUGGGGUGUGCCGUCACAUGCAACUUUCACCACUAGAUUUGAUGCAGGCCGUCCCUGCUGAUGUCAUUGAAGCUUGGAGUGGCAGUUGCAGAGUUGGAUGGGAUUGUCUCACUGAUGUGUUAGCUGUUGCCAUGUCGCAUCAGGAGCAAGGGCGAAGCGGCCGGUCUCAGAGAUCGUCGAGUCCACAGGGAGACGAGUGGCCCAGUACUCCGGCGUCAAGUUUCAGCGAGUCCUCGAAUCCUGACUCGUGUUCGUGGUCGUUCCGAGACACGUAUCAUAAUGACUGGAUUAACCUACCUUGUAACGGCCCCCGAAUCGGUCUUCUCUGGGCCUCGAUUCAGACAGAGCUCCUUACGUAUCGCAGAGUUAGAGAUGGAGAUUCUUGGAUAUCUAAGAGCUUCUCCAUGGAGGCGAUUAAGCGUUGGCUCGAUAAAGACGACACAGAACUUUCCAUGCCUCUCGUUCAAAACCAAAUGUUUAAAAGGCAUACAUCUUGUGGGUGGUUCAACAUUGCCGAAGACUUUCUCUGCCCAAUCGCCGAGGAAGUAUGCACAGAGCACUUCAUGAACAUGGACAUCUUUAGCAGGACAUCAUACAUCGAGACACCUAACCUCCUCAGAUCUUUCGAGGAUGUAUAUCAGAUAGAAGACAAAGAGGUUUAA